AUGAUCUUUAUAUUUUAAGAGAAGCAUCUAUUAUUCGGGGAAAUUACAAAGAUGUAGCUUCGUAAUUUAAUGGAGCACUUCAAUCUUCAGCAAGAAAAACUAUUUUUUGAACACCAGGUAUUGAAAAUAGCCCUUUAAGUAAUUUAUUGUAUUACUACCCUCCAGAUGCAAAUCUUCGUUAAGGACAUGUUGUUGCCAGACUCAGCGAAUCAAUAAUCGUGGAAUUUUUAUAAGCAUACGAAAUUAAUACUGUAAGGUUUUGGAUGUGGGAUGAAGAUGGUAGAUAAACAGACAUACAAGUAUUAACAGUAGCAGCUGAUAGGAUGA